UACUUUUAUUUUAGACAAGAUGAAUGUGAAGGAGCAAAGGCCAAAACUAAAUGACAUAAAGAAACACGGUGACUUCAAAAUACAAGGAAGAGAAGCCAAAGAUCUGAACUCCUGCUCUCAGUGUGGAAAGAGUUUCCAAAAGAAAGCAAAGCUUAACAGACACAUGAGAAUUCAUACGGGAGAGAAACCAUAUACAUGCCCUCAGUGUGGAAAGAGUUUCACACAAAAAGGAGACCUUAACAAACACAUAAGAGUUCACACUGGAGAGAAACCGUAUACAUGCACUCGGUGUGGAAAGUGUUUUUCUCAAGCAUCAGGUCUCAGUGUUCAUCGGCUCCGUCACUCUGGAGAAAAACCAUUUAACUGUGAUCAGUGUGGUAAAGAUUUUAUUUCAUCAUCAAAUCUAAAACAACAUCUGAAAGUUCAUUCAGAUGAGAGGCCUUAUGUGUGUUCUUUUUGUGGAAAGAGUUUUUCACGACUGGACUGUUUUAAACAGCACCAGAAAAUGCAUCAUGAAGUGCGAGAUCAUGUGUGUUGUGACUGUGGGAAGAGCUUUACUACAACUGGUCAUCUGAAGGAGCACCAAAGAAUUCAUUCUGGAGAAAGACCUUACCACUGUACUCAGUGUGGAAAGAGUUUCACAAAUAAAGGUGACCUUAACAAACACACAAGAAUUCACACUGGAGAGAAACCGUAUACAUGCACUCAGUGUGGAAAGAGAUUUUCUCGAGCAUCAACUCUCAAUAAUCAUCUGCGUAUUCACUCUGGAGAAAAACCAUUCAACUGUGAUCAGUGUGGUAAAGCUUUUAAUUCGUCAUCUAGUCUAAAACAACACCAGAAAGUUCAUUCAGAUGAGAAGCCGUAUGUGUGUUCUCUCUGUGGCAAGAGUUUUUCACGGCUGAACAGUUUUAAACAUCACCAGAAAACACAUAAUGAAGUGAGAGAUCAUGUGUGUUGUGACUGUGGGAAGAGCUUUACUAGAGAUGACCAUCUGACACAGCACCAAAGAACUCAUACUGGAGAAAGACCUUACAAGUGCUCAUACUGUGACAAGAGUUUCACUCAUUCUGGAAACUUGAAAUCACACGAGCGACUUCAUACUGGAGAGAAGCCGUACUACUGUACUGAGUGUGAGAAGAGUUUCAAACAUUUAUCAAGCCUUCACAAUCAUAAGAAAAAAUGUUGCAAGUACCAGAUUAAAGUGGAGCAAAGACCGAAACUAAAUGACAUGAAGAAUAACUGUGACUUCAAAUCUCAAGGAACAAAAGCCAAAAAGCUGCACUCCUGCUCUCAAUGUGGAAAGAGUUUCCAAAUUAAAGCAAAUCUUAACAGACACAUGAGAAUUCACACUGGAGAGAAACCGUAUCCAUGUACUCAGUGUGGAAAGUGUUUUUCUCAAGCAUCAGAUCUCAGUGUUCAUCUGCUCCGUCACUCUGGAGAAAAAACAUUCAACUGUGAUCAGUGUGGUAAAGGUUUUAUUUCAUCAUCAAAUCUAAAACAACACCAGAAAGUUCAUUCAAAUGAGAAGCCUCAUGUGUGUUCUCUCUGUGGAAAGAGUUUUUCACGACUGGACAGUUUUAAACAGCACCAGAAAACACAUAAUGAAGUGAGAGAUCAUGUGUGUUGUGACUGUGGGAAGAGCUUUACUAGAACUGGCCAUUUGAAACAGCACCAGAGAAUUCAUACUGGAGAAAAACCUUACCACUGUACUCAGUGUGGAAAGAGUUUCACAAAUAAAGGAUACCUUAACAAACAUGCAAGAAUUCACACUGGAGAGAAACCGUAUACAUGCACUCAGUGUGGAAAGGCUUUUUCUCGAGCAUCAACUCUCAGCAAUCAUCUUCAAAUUCACUCUGGAGAAAAACCUUUCAACUGUGAUCAGUGUGGUAAAGAUUUUAUUUCAUCAUCAAGUCUAAAACAACACCUGAAAGUUCAUUCAGAUGAGAAGCCUCACAUGUGUUCUCUCUGUGGAAAGAGUUUUUCACGGCUGGAUCAUUUGAGAGUGCACCAGAAAACACACAAUGAAGUGAGAGAUCAUGUGUGUUGUGACUGUGGGAAGAGCUUUACUACAAAUUGCCAUUUGAAACAGCACCAAAGAAUUCAUACUGGAGAAAGACCUUACAAGUGCUCAUACUGUGACCAGAGAUUCACUCAUUCUGGAAAUCUGAAUUCACACGAGCGACUUCAUACUGGAGAGAACCUGUUCCACUGUACUCAGUGUGCAAAAAGUUUCAAACAUUUAUCAAGCCUUCUCACUCAUAUGAAAAAAUGUUGCACAUGAGUAACAAUUGUUUUCAUGUCAAAUACUUCACA